AUGCACGCUGGCCGAGCGUAUAUAGUGACCGGUGGCUCAUCGGGAAUGGGCCUCGCUGUCGUCAAAAAGCUCCUCGGGCUAUCGGCCACAGUUCACGCCAUUGAUAAAGCUGGACAGAUGCCGGCCAUCGACUCCGAGCGACUUCACUUUCAUCCGAACAUCGACAUCAGCUCGCAUGAAAAGGUGGCGCAGACGUUCCAAUCAAUCAUACAAGAAUCCCCUGUGAUUAGCGGCCUGGUCAAUUGUGCGGGCAUUUUGCUCCCCUCCAGCAUCCUCGAGCCAGUCGAGAACUUCAACAAAGUGAUGGCAGUUAACGUCGGCGGAACGUGGAAUGUAGGUACGGCGUACCUGCGCUAUGUGUUGGAGCAGCACCCAGACACUCUCAGCAGGGCAAAGGAAGGACCAGUUCCGGAAGAGAUCGGGAGCCUGGUAAAUAUCGGAUCCACUGCCGCUCUUUUUGGAGCCCCGGGGAUUGCGUCCUACUGUGCAAGCAAGCAUGCUGUUCUGGUGCUCACCCGGACAUGGGCCAAGGACUUUGGGGAUAAAGGGGUGAGGGUGAAUUGUGUGGCUCCAGGGGGUACGGAUACCCCCUUGCUUGCUGGAGCACCUCCAGCUUUUGUUGAUAAUUACGUUAAGAAUGUGCCGUUGAGGAGACUGGCAAGGCCUGAAGAGAUAGCGAAUACGGUUGCCUUCUUGCUGAGUGACGAUGCUUCGUACAUAAAUGGGCAGGUUAUCCCUGUCGAGGGUGGAUUCCAUUAG